AUUUUUCGGAUUUUCCUUCUCUCGCCUCUGUCCUCUCCACUCAAAGCUCAAGUGCUCAACGAAAACCUCUCAAAAGAAAGCCACAAGAAAAGAAGAAUAGAAAUAGAAAUAAAAAUAAUUGGAGCAAAGCAAAGGAAACGAUUCAACACAAAACGAAGGUAUUGCCAUGGCCAACAUGGUCGUUUCCUCUUCCAAAGCCCUCAUCACAGCCUCCUCCCUUCCAACCACAACUAUCACUUCCGCCCCCACAUCUAAACCUAGAUUCCAACUCCCACAGAUCUCAAUUCCCCAAAAACUCAAAAUCAAAAUCACAAAGCACCAAUGUGACCAGAUUCUAGCUUCUUCCCUCAAAUCUUCUGCUGCGAUCGCCGCUGCGGUUUUAGCGAUGGCUCCUCCGUCGAUGGCUGUGGAGAUGGAGAAAGCAGCACUCUUCGACUUCAACUUGACUUUGCCUAUAAUCAUGACUGAGUUCUUGCUGCUUAUGGUGGCGCUUGACAAGAUCUACUUCACCCCGCUAGGUAAGUUCAUGGAUGAGAGAGAUGCGGCUAUUAAGGAGAAGCUGAGCAGCGUGAAGGACACCUCGGCGGAGGUGAAGCAGUUGGAGGAUCAGGCUUCGGCCGUGAUGAAGGCUGCUAGGGCGGAGAUAUCGGCGGCGCUGAACCAGAUGAAGAAGGAGACGACGCUUGAGGUGGAAAAGCAGCUGGCCGAGGGGAGGAAGAAGGUGGAGGCGGAGCUCUCGGAGGCGCUAGCCAAUUUGGAGAAGCAGAAGGAGGAGACCAUUAAGGCUCUUGACUCUCAGAUUGUUGCUCUCAGUGAUGAGAUCGUCAAGAAGGUCCUCCCAGUCUCACCCAAUUAAAUUCUUCCUUCCAAAAUUGUAUAUUAUUUCGUCUAGUAUUAAAAUAGUUGAAAUUUGUAGAAUUGGAGAUUGAAAAUUCUGAUAUUUUCUUAUAAUCUUCUUUACUUCCCCACUGAA